AACCGUGCGCAAGACAUGUUUCAACUGAUGGAAUUUGACAAACAUAAUUGCACCCACAUAAAUGACAAAGCAAGAAUGGCUUGAAAAUUGACAAACACCUGGACAAAAGGUACAGAUAAAAGGAAAAGGAAGAUUGGAAACCUAAACCGUACAGCCGAAGCAUAAUGGCUCUCAUACGCAGAGCUUGGCGCACAGAUGCAGCGGAAAUAAAAUACGUAAGCGAAAAUCAUCUAUUCAUGUAAACCUAAGGCUCUGAUACCACAUGUAAACAUAAAUCAUAAUAGCAUGGAUCUUAGAAUUAGAUGAUUUCACGAAUCGAUAAUAGAUCGGGAAAACCUACCUCGAUCCAUGACGAGAGCGGCGGCGGCGCUGGAGUAGUAAUCACCGGAAUUGAGUUUCUCCCUCUUGACCCCUUUAGGUUUUAGGUUUAGAGAUUUCUGUGAUGGCUAAGAAAUUCUACGUAAUGGGUUGAGAGAGGACCAAUCCUAGAGCUUCUUUAUAUAGACCCACCAUCAGGAUAUAUUAGGAAUUUUCCUUUCAUUAACCUAAUCAAUAUAGGAUUUACCUUAUAUAUUAAAUCAUUAAGUGAUAAUUACACUUGGGCCACAAUUAUUCCCUAGUGACCUACGGGAAUUGGGCUUACAGGUGGGACAUGAUUUGUCCCCUUUUUGACAUGCCCAAACGCUCAUACUAUCUUUUCAUCUAUGUAACACUCAAACCUUAGUUUACAAAACCAUAUCAUAUAAGACUACGACAAGCGCCAUCACCUUCUAUUCUCUUGGCAUUUUCCCAUGGAUGAAUUGUGUGAAAUACUUGAUAGGCAUAAAUUUUAUUCCCCCCAAGUUGUAAUCAAUCUCUUUGCUUCGUUCAUCUUUAUUUUUGGUACACCAACAAGAUUCUCUUGAUUCAGGCAUUGAGAUCAUAGAAGUAUGUCUUACAUGGGUGUAGUAUCUCUUGUUGGAUCAAAGCUUCAUAUUGUUCAAGAAAUUGAGGCAUCUUGAUGUCAAACGAGAAACAAUCGUAACAGGGAUCCCAAGAAUUCAUCAUGUCUUAUAUUAACUCGUGAGGGAAUAGGACAUAUAACUAGAUUGGAAAGCUGUAAUUAGUAUCAUAGCAGUAUAACAACUACCUAUUUAGCCUUUACUUCCAUAUAACAGGCUAUGGUAUUACUGUUAUAUAACGAUACUUAUUCUUCUCGCAUGCAAGACUGCAACCAAGGGCAAACACCAUGGCAAGCAUCUCUCUCCUAGAAAGCCUUUUAUCUUUAACGGACGAUUUCUCUUUCAUUUUAAGUCGAAAUUUAAAUUUGUUUGCACAAAUAAAUCAGAUUAAAUGUGCUCUCCAAAAUGAUAUUCACUUUGAUAUAUUUUUGGAACAAAAAAUAUUGAGCCAUUUUUUAUCAGUCUAUACCAUAUGAUAUUGAUUGGUAUUGAAAUAAGACCAUACAUAUGGUUUGAAAAGCGUACGAUGGUGGUAUGAGCAAACCAAGACUGUAGGAUGAUUGAAUACAUGAUAGUUGAAGUAUAUUAACUGUCAUUUACGACUUUUAACAUUGUGUACCACAAGAUACCACCUCGUACCAGGGUGGUAUUGUGUGGCAUUUUUUUGCUCGUAAUUUGUUCACCCAAAAAUUUGUAGAUCCAAUAGAUCAUGAACUCGUUCCUUCUGUGCAAACGUUUUCAAAAACGAAUUAAAAACGACGAAGAUAUCAUAUGGUAUGCAGUUGGUAUCGAGAGGCAAGAAAUUUUUUUUCUAAACAAAAAUUGAAAAUAAAUAUCGUUUUGUAGAGCACAAUGAAAUCGUUUCAUCUGUGAAAAAUAAUUGAAAUCCGAGUUAAAACGAAGAAGAUAUGAGCCAAUUAAGAAAGCUAGGGAAAAUAAAUAUGACAUUUAAUUCUUCAUCCUUAUAUCUGGAUUUUCUAAAUUAAAGGUCUAAAUUUAGUUAUUGAUGGGUGCAUAACCCAUGGAUAUGCACCCUAUCUUGAGUUAUUAUAUCACAUCCAUUUACAAGCAAUUAAUGUCACCUUCUUUUGUGGUAAUUAUGAUGUUUGCUUUGGACCAAAUCAUCAUGUAUCCUAUUAUAACAUGACCUAAUUAGUAUAAUAAUCAUAUCGAUCCGCACAUAAAAUACAAUCUCAACACAUAAAAUAUAAUAAUAAUUCUUGUUCUUUUAUGUGUCACGAUUAUUGUUUCUUCAACUUUUGUGUUGCACACACUUUCGCGAGUAAGUCUUGAGUGUACGUGGGCAUCGGGCCGUGCCGCCCACGAACUAGCACCGCACGGUUAAAACACGACAUGAGUAUGGGCACGAAAUAAAUGGGCCAGCCCGGUACGAGCACGAAUAAUUUAUGGGCCGUGCCGGGUCUAAACUUCAUGGGCACGGGUACGAGCACGGCACGGUAUAUAAGUGAGUCGUGUCGGGCCUAAUAUUUUCGAGACUUUAUUGAGUAUAAGAACGGACAUGGAACAAAAAUAAUAUUUAUUUGAUAGAAAAUAAAUAUAAAAGAAUUAUAGGUUCAAAUAUUACAAAACACAAGUAGAAAAAUAAUUAUUUGUUGUUGUUUGAAGUGUCAUAAAGAUAUAUACAUAAUUACUAACAUAAGUAAAAAUGGACAAAGAAUUAAGCAAAGCCAAAUCACACUCGCUAUACUUCCAAUUUUCUUUUCCCCCUUAUUUGUUACUUUUCUCAAACAUUAUCGGUUAAUACUAUCUUCUUCCGUCCAAUUUUCACCUUCUUUUUCAUUCUCUCUUUUGUUUUCGUACUUUUCAUUAAACACGAAUAGGAACGACACGAUUCGAACCGUGCCCGGGCCUAGGCCGGACCUAGCAAAGUUAACAAAUGGGUUUGCAUGGCACGACGCGAAAACUAACGGGCCGUGCCAAGCACGGCACGAAAUAAAUGGCCUCGAAGCGUGCCCAUGUCAUGCCGCCCAAGCACGGCCCAGCGCCCAUGUACAGUCUUGAGCGAAAAUCAUUUGAUUCAUUCUAAAAAAUUAAUUGUGCCUUCAUUGUCCAUUAUACUAUUAUUUGGUGAGUUCAUAUAUUAAAGAGAGUUAUUUGCACUAAUCCCCAAUUCUUGUUCACCUAGACACGUUUGACUGUUCACCUAGACUAAAAUGACUAUUCAUUUUGUUCCUAUUGGCUUAUGCUCUGGGCUGGGCCCACCUUGAGUAGCUCUCGAUUGUGGACGUUUUUGUCGUUUCUGUGCCGCCGUUUCGCAGAUGGUUGCAGGCCCUUUUUCUUCCUCCUUCCGUUUGCGAUGAAAACCGAAUCGGCCUCAAAUGGGCGGUCAUCUCCUCUAAAGAUUUCUUGGUGGUGAUGUCGAGGCUUGGAGAGUAUACUUGUUGUGUCAGGCCAGGAGCUUUGAGAUGAUGGCGAAGCUUUGAUGUUGCUUUGUCAGGCCAGAAGAGACAGACCGCAGAGAAGGGUCAAUUACCCAGGCCAGAAGAUAACCUCACUUUCUCUAUUUCUUUCUUUCCACUCUUUUUUCCACGCCUCUCUCUGCUUUUGCUUCUCUCAUCUCCUUUUCGGAAACCAGUCGUGCUUGAAGCAAUCAACUAGCGCAUUUGAGAGGCGGAGAGUAAUCGGACGGUGGCACAGAUCCGAAGAAAGACAGAGAUAGAGAAAGAGAGAACCAGGUGAACAAAAUAAUUUCCUCUUUCGCUAUCUUUUAUGCUCUGGUUUCCCUCUCUAGCUUUGGUUUUCGAUCUAACCUUCUCUUUUGUGGUCGUUGUUUGCAUGUUCUCCCCUCUGCAAUCGAUUCGUUGUUUCAGUGCUUACUGUCGCCACCGACGUUGAGGGAGAAAGAAGAAUAAGUUGAGGAGACGAUGACCAUGCCUACCCUCAAUUUCUCUUUCAUCAAUUGGAUUUUAUUUGGAGAAAGCUUUAAUCAAAUUUUUUCUCCCCUUCUCGGUUUCAGAUUCAUCUUAGCGAGCACUGAAAUCCGAGAGGAGAUUGAAAAGAUCGGUCAGGUCCCGAAAGGCAUGAGUUGAUUCCCGACAUCGGAGCAAGAGGGUAUUGGGACUUUCAUCGUCAACGAUGACGUUUGUGGUGGGAAACUGAGAGGCCACGAGAGGACGUAUGUCGGGAGAUGAAUCGGAGGUGGCACAGAUACGCAAGGUCCGUCAGAAUCGUUGAGACCGUCAGCGUAUCGCCAGAUUCCUCUCUCCGACGUGAGAAAGCAGCGACGAGGCGAUCCAUACCAAGCAUUUUCUUGAAGAAGAUGGAUCUCUCUAACGAAAUGGAGAAUGUGAAGCUGUGCAUCCGAAUCUGGCCCGAGGAAUCCCUAAUGAGGUCGAGUGGGUGAUUGGAGUUUCAAACGACACAGUUAACUGUUGGUGGCUCAUGGUGGAGGUGACGAACCCAUAUCAACCAAAUAGCAAAGGAAUCAGAGGUCCUGUAAGCAAUGGUCCCUCUGGUUUUUUGUGUUUUUGUUUGUUAAUCCAUUGUUUUGUUCCUUGCCAAUUUGCUAUGCUUUCAGCUAGGUUUCUUUGGGUUCUCUCUAAGAUGACAUUAUUUAGUCUCUCUUUAGGAAGUUGUGGGUAGACUUGGCUGAUGGGAUCUACUAAUUGGAAUAACAAUGAAGAUUCGUGGUGUGACGAGGUGCUCGAAGCCUUUCAAAGGGUUCUCCUCAACAAUCUCAAUUGCAUGAUGCAGUAGAAACCUUGGAUCUCAUGAAGACAACCAGGUUUAUUCAUCAUGGAUUUUUUUUUGGAAAUUUGCUAACAGAGGCUUUUUUACUUUUCAAAUGACCAUUUUUAGCAGGCUUCUGAUGAGUUUUCUUAAUUUUCUUACAAUUCCAUUAAUCAUCCAGUAUUGAUCCUUUAGAGGAGAUUCAGGUGUCGAGUUCAGCAAUAAAAGUUGUUGGCCAGGGGUGUCUGUACAUUCAAACUCUUGCAGGGGAUUGGGCUGCUAGGGAAGCAACUUUAUGUUGCAGCUUCAUUAUCUCUACAAAAGAUGGUGAGACGAUAAAACACAACACCAAACUGCGACCAAGUGUAAUCGCAGUCCAGAAAUGCAGUAACAGGCAAGCUCUAAUUGUCAACCCGGGGUCUAGAUCUACUGCCUACUCCGUGAAUAUCUAUUAUCUAGCAAACUAAGUCGAGUGAUUGUGAUUUUAACUAAAAGUAGUAAGAAAGCAGGAAAUGGUUCGGUUUUCUAAAGCAAGGGAAGAGUCACUUGGGAAUGAGUUCCCUUACCUCCUUAGUUAGGUCACAUUUGUAAUUACCCUGGGUUGAUUAACUAUUGAUUAAACUGCGGAAUAUCCGACAGUAGCUUGGAAUCUCUUAAGCUGACCAAGCCUUCUCAGUCCAACUACCCGGCAGACGACUAGUCUUCCCUGGGAUUGAAAGCUGGGGCUAUGAACGCAAAACUCCACAACUGGAAUUGGAUUCCAGUACAAAGCAGCAAAUCGAUUAACUCUCGUAUAAUCAAUCUACCACUACCGAUUGAUGAAGCUCUAGCAACCUAAUCAGAUUCUAUCUAUCUCAGGUUGCAGCAGGGUUUCAAUUGUGAGAAAUACACUCCAAAUAGCUCCUAGGGUUUGUUCUUCGCACUUUCUGUCUCUAAAUCUCUGUUUUUGCUCCAAAAAGUCGAUUCCCUCUCCUUUGGCUCGAAUCUGCAUCAAAAAACCGAUUCUGGGUGAAAUACUGGCUGAAUUACGGUCGUAAUCAUGGUCUGCCCGCAAUUCACCCAAAACGCGCGUUUCACUAAACUCUGAGGAAGGUCAUUACGGUCGUAAUUACCCAAUUACUGCCAGUAUUUAAGUAAUUACGACCGUAAAUGAGUCCACUCUUGCCCGUAAUUUGCUCUGCGACAGGAAUUCUCAGGGAUUUAGGCUCGGCAUUGCAUUUACGGGCAUGACAGAAGCAAUUACGCCCGUAAUUGGGCAGGGGCUGCCCGUAAUUCUUCCUUCGCUCCUAUUUAAUGCUUCGUUUCUCCCUCGUUCGGACUCCGAAUCAAUCGUCGUUUGAACGCAGACGCUCGUAGUCUCGUCCUCUUCCUUUUCAUGACAAACUUACAUGAUUAUUUUUCCAUAAAAUGAGUUAGGAAUCCAUUAUUCCACAAGCCAUGCUCGUGUUUCUUCUCCCGAAUUGCCAAAUGAAUUCCGAUUGACUUGAAACUUGCGCCAUUGCUUCAAUUUACAUGCUAGGACGUCAAAUGUGACAAAGGAACACAACCUAGUGUAAAAUAGUCCAAGAAAUAAAAAAAUCUCUAGCCAAAAUGAUGAAGAAACGAGGUUGCAAACAUGUGCAAAUACGAUGUUAUCAAAUUCCCCCACACUUAACCGUUUGCUUGUCCCCAAGCAAACCAAGUCAGAUACAAGGAAAACUCAACACAUUUCAAUCAUGAAAUCCUUGGGGACAUAUCAUAUAGGCACGAAACACGAGAAUCAUACUGGCUUUUAGACAUCAACACAUGAACAACUUCAAUAGAAACCUGGACGACCACCACAGAGGACAUUCGAGUGCACCAAAAUCGGGUAAAGGAAGAGUCUCCCUUCUGUUCACCAACCAGCCUAGACUUGACUCAACCACUUAUUCAAGACAAUCAUCUCAUGCAUAAAACUCAAGACAUCAAAACCAAGACCGAGCCAUCUAGGUCCUCACCGGGGUAAAGAGUGUAAAGAACAAGGAAAUGAAUCGCUCACUCUCGACCAGUGGGGUCAGGACAAUUUGAUGCGAAAAAUGCACAUACUUAUUCUCUCAAUCCCUAACGUCUCUUCACCAUGACGGCAGCCUCUAAAUGUUAGCGUUCACAUAAAUGGGUGUCAUCACUAACUAAUCCGGAGGUCUUAGACACAGGUUCAGAUGACUGGCUAGGGUUUUGGACAUGGGUAAAAGGCCUUUUAGGUAGUGGAAGUAUUCAUGGCACAAGGUUCCACAAUUCCCAACCCAACACAAUCACAGUCAAUCAAACCACUUACUUUCUUUCUGCCAUUCUGCAUUACUCACAUUCUCUAGAGCACAAGAGCAAAGGAGGUCACAUAAAUGUUAGUAUUUCCAAGCCAGACUGCUAAGAAACACUACUUAAUGGGCAAUAUUUAGAUUUUUGGUGAUGACUCUCUUUUGCUUUCAUUCAUCUUUUUUUUUUUCUUUUUUUUUUCAUUACUUGAGAGAACCACCACCUAUGCACAUUUUUGAAACACAUGCCCAACUUUUUAAGAACUACAUCCAACCCUCACAUCAUUUUUAGCAUAAACAGCAGAGAACAUGUAAAAACCACUCCGUGGAACCUUCUAAGAUAUGCAAAAGGGUGAUUUUCCAUUAUAAACCGAAAGAAAGAAAGUGACACGGCUCAAAGGGGCUGACUAGGGGGUAUGACACACCAUGCCAGUCAAUUUGGUCGUGGGCUAUUCAUAUGCCUCCAUUAUCUUAGCUAGUGACAACGUGAAUGCUACACAUCAUGGAAGAGGGGUCUAUCGCACAAGAAAGAAACGAGCAGGCUCAAAUCUCACAUGGCUACCUAUAUGCUCUAUCUCUCAUUCUGAUUCCCUGAACUAGAUGCAUAAACGACUGUCAAGAACAAGUGAUAAAUCCAAGUAACAUUUGGUAAGCAAACAGUUAAAAAACUGAACCCCUUACACAACUCUACUACACGUCUCAGUCAUCAUUAUAGGUCGUCCUAGUCACAAUCCAGUUGUCAUGCAUUAAUUCGAAAGUCAUUCAAUUCACCAAUUAAAUCCACAGUGCCAAUAUGAUCAAGCAAACAGCAGUGCUUGGAGCCCUCAAAUCUCGAGAUUUGGACAGCGGACUAGGCCCCAAGCGCCCAUAUAUAUAUUCCAAUGAAUACAAAGACCCCCCCCCCCCACACACACACUUAAAUUCGACAUUGCCCUCAAUGGAGCAGAGGGAAAGAUAAGGGGAACGAUGUUACCGGAAGGAAAGACUGCCGGGGGACUGGAAGUGGAGCACUCAGCGGGGCUAGCAUCAGCAAAACACACUGGGUGAUAGAAACCAUAGUUCCAAGUGGACAAACCAAAAAUAAACGAAAGGAAAACAU